CAUGGCGGCAGAGGCAGCAUUUUCUCCGGCUGGGAGCUGUGAGCUACCGCCCAUCCCCGGCCCCGACUUUUUGCCGGUGAACCGUCCCGAAGACGCCGCGUUAAAUGCGACACUGACUAUAGAUUUGGGGUCUGGGUCGCCAUGCAGUGCAGGCGUACAGUUCAGUCGUUGUUAUUCUAAGCUUUGUUCGCUCCGACCCUCGGACAAUGACAGCUUGAAAACCGAGUUAAAUCUGCUGUUUGAUCAGUUAAUUUCCGAAAACUAUAACAGCAGCUUCGGUGCCAACUGCAACAUUAGACCGGAGGAGGUUUGCGCACUGCUUGUCCAUGCCAGCCGAAUGGUUCACUUCAGUCAGGAGCAUCUCGUCAUCAAACUUUGCCAACUCAUCCAUCAUCUUCUGAACCGGCUGCAGGUUAUCGUAGAUGAGCAGAGUCUGGACUCUCUGGUGUCCUACUCGAUCCGUGCUCUGCGGGCCUGCAGCUCCUGGACGCAUUCUGAGAUACUACAGGCGCAGGCUGCUCUGGUGUACGCCAACGGCCCCAAAUGCCAAAAGCACCUUCCAGACCUGCUGGGCCCCGGAGGACUUCUGUCGCGGUAUAGCAACCCCAGCCAGCCUGAUGUGGAGUUGCGCCGCGCCGCCGUGCACUGCAUGGCCAACCUGUGCCUUGGGAUUCCCGGCCAGCCAUAUCUGGAGGAGCCUUACAGAGGUGUCUGCUUCCAAACCUUCCUGCAGCUGAUGCAGUCUCCCAAACCCUCUAAUGUGGAUGACAUCACCUUCUGCACAUUGUUGCAGAAUGCGCUGAAGGGAAUGCAGUACUUUCUGAAUGGGGAGAAGGGAAAACUGGAUCCCGAUGACCAGCUGGGCUCCCUAUUGGCUGUGCUAAAGAAAUUCAUGUUCUUUGGGCUUCCCGGGAUGAAUGUGGAGAUGCCUGCAGUGCUGUACCCAGCGCCUCUCCCCCAGUAUGAGGGCAUCCCUGCCGCUAAGCCUGAGGCGCCACGGGACACCCCAUCCCAGAACAGACAGCCUGGAAAUAAGAAGCGCAAGUCACGAGGGCGUGGCAAGAAGGCGAGGGCCGAGGGGAGGCGGGACGAGGAAGGAGAGGAGGAGGGGCGAGAGGCGGAAGUGGGACCGAGGCUGGGUCAGGUGAAGGCGGCUGGAGGGGAGGCCUAUAGCCACUGGUCACAGCCCCCUAGCUCUUCUGCCCCCCACUUACCCCUGGGACCCCCUUUCUCCUCCUUGUACCCCUCCUGGAAGAGGAGCAGCUCCGACUCGGAGUUCUCGGAUCCCGAGGGGGGGCUGCAGAGCAAGCUGAGGCUGUACCAGGCGCGUGUGAGGCAGGGGGCGCUGCACUGUUUCCUGUCGGUGGUGAAGUGUGUGGAGAAGAGGAUUUUAUACGGCUAUUGGUCCUCGUUCAUCCCUGACGCUCCCAGCAUCGGCGGUCCCCCACCCCUCACCCUGCUCACCAUCAUUCUGAAGGACCCUUCUCCUAAGGUCCGCGCGGGGUCCCUGCAGGCGCUCUCCGCCCUGCUGGAGGGCUCUCGGCAGUUCCUGUCGGCCGCGGAGGACACGGGCGCUCCGCGGCAGGCCUUCACGCCCUUCUCAGCCACGCUGGCGGGCAGCCUGAGGGAGCUGCACCGGGGCCUGCUGCUGGCUCUGCUGGCAGAGUCCUCCUCACAGACCCUCACUCAGGUCAUCAAGUGCCUGGCCCAUCUAGUGUCCAACGUGCCGUACAGCCGCCUCCGGCCCGGCCUGCUCAGUCCCCUGUGGAAGCAGAUCAGGCCCUAUGUCCGUCACAGAGAUGUGAACGUGCGUGUUUCCAGCCUCACUCUGCUGGGGGCCAUCCUGUCCGCCCAGGCUCCCCUCCCUGAGGUCCAGCUCCUCCUGCAGCAGCCGGGCUCCUCCGGGGGGGCCAGCGAGGGGGGCAGCGAGGGGAGGGCCACGCCCCAGGAGCCGCAGAGCUGGAGGAACCCCCCCAGGAGGGACAGCCCACCUUCCCAGGGGGGUCAGCCGGAGGGGGGCGCCGACGGCCCACCCGGAGAGCCCUGCUGGCUGCUGCAGCUGUGUGUGUCGCUGAUCACGCAGCCCCGUGAAGACCCCUACUCUGACAGCGACAAGGGCGCGGCCCCCUCUGUCAGCCUGGAGCCGUCCCCUGUGCGGCUGGAGAGCCUGCAGGUGCUGGCUCACCUGGUGAAGGGCUACUUCUCGCUGGCACAGGUGUCCCUGCUGGAGCUGGGAGAGGUCAGCGCCCGCUGUCUGAGGGAGCAAGACCCCUCUGUCCAGCUGCACGGGGCGAAGCUGCUGGAGGAGCUGGGCUCAGGCAUCAUUCAGCAGCACAGAGCCGACUCCGCCGUGCCGCAGAGCUGCCGAGUGCCCCUCAGCCAGGUGGUGCAGUUCUGGUCAGAGGUGCUGAGCGGGCCGCUGACCGGCGCAUUGCAGAGCGAGCAGCACCCCACCCUGCAGACCAGCGCCUGCGACACCCUGUCCUCCAUUCUGCCACAGGCCUUCAGCCAGCUGCCGGAUAAGAGCCAGGUGCUGUGCCUCACCGUGCUCCUGGGCCUGACGUACAGUGAGAACUCCCUGGUGAAGGCGGCGGCAGUCAGAGCUCUGGGGGUCUACAUCCUGUUCCCCUGCCUGCGAGAGGACGUUAUGUUUGUGGCGGACACGGCCAACGCCAUCCUCACCUCCCUGGAUGACCGCUCGCCGAAUGUUCGUGCCAAGGCAGCCUGGUCCCUGGGGAAUCUGACCGACACGCUCAUUGUCAACAUGGAGUCGCUGGGACAGGACUUUCAGGAGGAGUUCUCUGACCUUCUGCUGCUGAAGAUGCUCCGGUCUGCCACUCAGGCCUCUGGCGACAAGGACAGGGUGAAGAGUAACGCAGUGCGGGCCCUGGGGAACCUCUUGCACUUCCUGCAGCCAGCUCACCUGGCCCGGCCCGGGUUCGACCAGCCGCUGGAGGCGGCGAUGAGGGCGUUGAUUGACACCGUGCGUGGCGACUCCACCAUGAAGGUGCGCUGGAAUGCCUGCUAUGCCCUGGGCAAUGCAUUCCGGAACCCUGCCCUUCCUCUGGGUACAGCCUCCUGGACUGCGGACGCCUACUCCGCGCUGUCCUGCGCGGUGAAGUCCUGCAAGAACUUCAAGGUGCGGAUCAAGUCGGCCGCCGCCCUGGCCACCCCGGCCACGCGGGGGCGCUACGGGGACGCGGGGCAGUUCAGGGAGGUGUGGCAGGCCCUGGCCCAGGCGCUGGAGAGGAGCGACGAGACGGAGGACUUCCUGGAGUACCGCUACUGCGCCAGCCUGCGGGCCCAGCUGUGCCGCGCCCUGCUGCACCUGCUGUCCCUGUGCGGGCCGCCGGACCUGCCCGCCCUCGCCGCCUCUCUGACGGGCGGGCCCGCCGAGGCCGUCAGGGGCUACCUGGUCCGCUACCACAGCGGGGGUGGGGAGGGUGAGGAGGCCGGGGACUGCCCCGACCCCCAGGAGAGGGUGACGGAGCUCAAGAAGACGCUAGGGCGGCUCCGGGGCCUCUCCGCUGAGUCAGGCGACGUCCAGGAGGCCUUAAACGCGGUGGUGGGCUUCCUGGAGGAGGUGCUGAAGAGCUGCGGUGAGCCCAAGGUGCCCUCAGUUUGAGCGUGUCCGCCCUGCUCUGCUGAGGCCUUACAGCCAGGGCUGAGGUCACAUGACCAAUAGCAGCCUGCGAAACGUGACACUAAUCCCCGGAGGGUCUGCUGCUUCCAGGAUAAGGCGCAGAAACGCCAGUCCUGCUGAUGGAAUCUGCAGGUUUUAAUAAUAUCUCACACUGAAUGUGUUCGAUAUGAUAUAUAUCAGGUAGAGCAUCCACAAAGUGAAAGUAUAUUCAGGUACAACCUGCGAUGGAGUGUCUUCCAGUGACUCUGCAUAAUCUAAGCUCUCCUGUGCUCGGUUUUUUACACAGUGUUCUUGGGUAAAUGAAGAGAUGCCUCAGUUUUAUGUACAAGGGCAAGAACAGGACAGGAGGAACUGUAAAGGCUGAGCUUAAUGAACCUCUGAGAACCGGCACGCUCAUGCAGAAACCUCCAUGGGCAUG